UUCCUUUUCUGCGGAGGCCCCCCCAAAAUGAGGUCACGGGCGGCCCGAUCGGGCAGUGCACCGUCUGACUGCUCAAGUGACAUGGCGGUCCCACCAUUGAUGAGGAUAUAUGAAGGCUACCUGUGGUGCCUUUCCUUCGCAGAUCGUCGAACGGAGAAAUGGUUCCUGGCCCAGUCUCCGCUCCCAGUACUAGCCAUUAUUGCAGUAUACCUCGCUAUUGUGUUCUGGGGUCCCCGUGUCAUGUCCAAGAGACAGCCAUUCCAGCUCCGACCUGUGCUUAUCAUCUACAAUUUCUCCGUGGCCUCACUUAACCUGUACAUCGCUCUUGAGAUACUUUAUUGCAUCACUAAACGACGGUACAGCUGGCUCUGCCAAUUGGUUGACUACAGUGACAACGAAUAUGAAGUGCGGAUCGCGAGGGCCUUAUGGUGGUACUACAUGAGUAAACUCAUCGAGAUGCUGGACACGGUGUUUUUUGUCCUACGGAAAAAGGACAAUCAACUCACCUACUUGCACAUCUAUCAUCACUCAACCAUGUUCUUUUUCUGGUGGAUCGGCGUCAAAUGGGUGGCUGGAGGAUCGGCUGCCCCCGGUCCGAGUAUCAACUGCCUAGUCCAUGUGCUGAUGUACUCCUAUUACGGUCUCACCGCCCUCGGUCCGAAGAUACAGCGUUACCUCUGGUGGAAGAAGUACCUGACACUCAUUCAACUGGUGCAAUUUUCGGCCGGCUUGGGCUUCGGACUGAAUGGAAUCCUGAGCGGUUGCAAGUUCACCCGGUGGAUGCAAUAUGCCUUCGUCACAUAUGCCUUUUCUUUCCUCCUUCUGUUCGGCAACUUUUACAUUUACGCGUACAGGAGUAGGAACAAGGCGAGGUCUUAUCAGCUUGAGAAGUGCGGCCAACUUUCCCAAGAGGACAGCGACGCCAUAAACAAGCGUUACGCAUUGCCUGCACUUAGUACCAUGUGCUUCCCGGAGCCCACCAAGAAGGACUAAAACAUGCAUGCCGACAAAGAAAGAAAGUCUUCCAACAACUUUGUGUUCCAACAACACGAAACUAUGUAACUUAUCAAGUAAAUCCUAAAAUGACAAA